AUGCUAUUUCUUGAUAGAAAUGAUAUCCAGCAAAUACCAAUUUGGGAAUUCCAGGGUCUUCCAUCAAGAAACCUAAAAAUUUUAGUACAGCAAGAUGCGAGUGUGAACUUUGCAAUUAUCCUGAAUACACGUAGCGCCCUUGUCGGGCAGCGAGCGCUAACAGACACUGGGUACGUGUGUCAGUCACGUGGCCUGAGCAAGCUGUGCUCGCCGUGCAUGCCGGGUACAUAUUGGAGGGUUCGAUGUUACAAGUGUCCAGCAGGCGGUUUCUACCAGGACGAGAUUGCACAGACAGUACUCAAUGAGUAUGACAACGGUUGCAAGCUCUGCCCUCCCGGUCGUUAUGCAAGAAACCCAGGCACUGCGACAGAGUUAGACUGCCAGCCUUGUCAGGACGGAACUAAAUACAGACACUUCGCAGGCUUCCGUGCCUGCUUCUGUCGAGAAAAUUACUACCGGUUAGACCGGUUUGGAGGUUGUUUCCCAUGUCUCACCGGGCUUAGCUGCAACAACGAGACUUUCACGCUAGCCCCAGGGUACUACUGGAAAUGGCAGUCCGAGGUGGCUUUCGAGAAAUACUCGGCAUUCUCCACCGAGCUACAACUAAAGGAUGAUUCUUACAAUACGGAAAAUGCCCGUAUAGACGAGAGCCUGAUACCCGUAGCCUACCGCUGCCCCAUCGAGAGUUCCUGUCUCGGGGGACUGGAGUCUAGGUGCCGCGAGGGAUACACGGGACCCCUGUGUUCUCAGUGCGUCAAGAGACAGUACAAACAGGCAGGAAAGUGCAUAAGAUGCCCUUCAAGCAACCUCAUCCUACCAAUCCUUGGGAAAGUGGCUGCCAUCGCUGCUAUGGUUGUUCUGUUCAUUCGAAGCAGCACUGUCGAGGGGGAUACCCGUGGCUGGAGAGAUUUGGUGAUCGCGUGGCUCAAGAUCAUUAUUGGUUUCUACCAAGUGGCGCUUAUCAUGCCCUCCAAGGAUGACAGCAUUCUUUCUUCAUUGAUUGAGUAUGUCAAGCUUGGGUUACUGGACCUUCUUCCACUGGAGUGUAUCUAUGACGGAUUCGAUGCUGAGAGGAAGUUCGUACUUGCAGCAUCGGUGAAUGUAGCUAUCAUUGCCACUGCAGCUCUGUGCAUUAUUGUAUGCAGGAUAUUGAACAGGAAUCCACAUAAUUCGCGAAAAGGAUGCCGCUUUUUACUUCAAAACAUUCAAUGUAUCAUUGGUGUUGCCUUCUUUCUGCUGAUGCUGCUCUACCCCUCCUUUACACAAAAGGUGCUUUCCAUUCUUCCCGGAACAUGCAUUCGUGUCUGCUCCGACCGUACUCAGGAGAAAUGUCAGUCUUACCUCCGCUCUGACGUCAGUAUAAUAUGCGAAGGAGCGAGAUUUGAGAGGCUGUCCAGGCUUGCAUACGUGGGUACGGCGUUUGCUCUGAUAAUACCUGCGCUUGGACUGCUUUUGCUGUGGAGAACUUUAAAGAAGAAAGACGAUGAUGAAGUUAAGCAAGGAAUGAGAUUUCUAUAUGAAGGCUACAAGCCCAGGUUCUUCUACUGGGAGAUGAUCGAGACGUACCGCAAGCUGGUACUGGUAGUGUCCGCUGUUCUAAUGGACCAGGAGAGCCGUUUAAACCUCGGGGUACCCUCAAUAGUUUCUGGCGUCUAUGCUGUGUUUUUCUGCCAUUUUCAGCCUAUGAAGUACACAAGUGACCACUGGCUGCAGCUUUCCACAUUAAUGGUUACCAUGGUUAACGGACAAAUCGCAAUGCUGCUCAGGCUACCUGUGGAUGAAGUACCGCCAGAAAUUGACAGAGAAGUGGACUCGGUCGGAGUGUUGGCCCUAGUGCUGAUGGGUAAUCUAUUAGUCGCGUUUAUUGCUGCAGGUUCACUCUUGUACGCCGUGUGGCCCUUACUAAAGAAAGCGUUCAUAUCCUUGUGCCGGAAUCGUGGCUAUGAAUUCAGUGACAGACAGUCAAAUGACAGCGAGGACGAGACGCUUGUUGAGGACGAUGGGAGUAGUGCUGAUGACAGUAACGACGAAUGCAGUCACGUGGUACUUGACGGGGCCCUAAAAGAUGAUGGAAGAAACGCUGAUGACAGUAGCGACGAAAGCAGUCACGUGGUACUUGACGUGGCCCUAAAGCACGAUGGGAGAAACGCUGAUGACGGUAACGACGAAAGCAGUCACGUGGUAGUAGACGGAGCCCUUAUGAAUAAUGGGAGAAAUACUGAUGAAGGUAGCAAUGAAAGCAACGAUGAGGAGCAAAGUGAGGCCUCUAAGGACGACGGCAAAAAUACUGAUGAAGGUAGCUAUGAAAGCAACGAUGAGGAGCAAAGUGAGGCCUCUAAGGACGACGGGAAAAAUACUGAUGAAGGUAGCUAUGAAAGCAACGAUGAGGAGCAAAGUAAGGCCUCUAAGGACGACGGGAAAAAUACUGAUGAAGGAAGCAAUGACGUGGAGCAUACUGAAGCUUCUAAGGACGAUGGGAAAAAUAGUGAUGACAGUAGCGAUGGUAAUGGUCACGUGAUUCCCACCGAGCUAGACUGGUACCAAGUGGCAGAUGCCAUCUGCGCUGAAGUGGAUGAUCGUGCCGAUACCAGCAUCUUUGAAGAAGGAGAUGAAGUCACAACGGAGUUCUGAUAUCAUCGCUUCAAGCAAAAUAAGACACAAUGAUGGGUCAAGUAACUUAUAAUAGAGCAAUAUAAUCCAUCCAUUAGAAGUAGGAGCAGUCAUGAUAAGAGCUCCGUUUCGCUAUGACUCAAUAAAGUACACAAAAUAACUUGUAUCGGAUAAAACUGCCUACGACAAAUAAAAGAAUAGAUCACUGGAAAA